UAAACAUAGACACGUUUUUCAUGUAUGCCGAAACUAGCUAGCCUAGUAUAUACUAGUCUACGACCUCCGAAACUUUACUUGUAAGUGAAUCAUUUCAUUAUCGAAAACUACGAUUCAUUAGACUUUAGUAUUCUUUCGUAACUUGCUUAGUAAUAUGUUUUACAACAUCGAAGGUUUUCUAUUUCAUAUUUGGCCCUAUUGAGUUCAGGGGCCCGUUAUACAAAACAACUUACGACAAAGUCGCAAGUCCUAAAUUAUAUUAUACAGUUAUUAUUUUAAAAGAAUGAAUUAAAACUUUUCUGAAGCUUGAUUUUCUAUAUAUUUUUUGAAAAAUAUUUUGCAUUUGGAGUGAAUGAUUUACAAUAAAGUUGAAAAUUCCAGUAUGUAAUUGUAAAGUUUGUCGUAAGUGAAGUCGUAAGUUCUUUUGUAAAACGCGCCCCUGAAUUAUAUUACAGUAUCAUUAUUCAGCUAGAUAUUAAUUUUUACUAAACUAUUGCAACUUUAAAUACACACUGCUUUUUCAAAACACCUUUUUUCAAUAAAAAAAAAAAAAACCCACCUAGCUAUCUAGCAAGGCACACAAGUUUGUUAACUUUGAGCACAAUUCAUAUUCCUUUGGUAGUGUCUAGAUAACCUACAUGGUUUUUCUACAAGCUUGGCUAGUUUGUUAACCCUUACAUGUAAGCUCAAUUGGUAGAGCACUACUGUCUAGACAAAGGUCCCGUAAUCGAGCAGAGGCCUAUACUUCACUCUGCUACAUUUCGGCCAAACCACGCCUCAGUAAAUACAUACAACAAAGAUUCGAUACAUAUAAAUAUAUCUGAUUUUCAGACAUCUGAAGUAAUCUAGAAAGCUGACAUUUAUAGUUAUUCAUUAAAGGAGAAAUUCUGGGAUUAUUUUAGCUCAACCAUGUUUAGAUUUGAACUUGGAGUUUCUAGUAUUGCUCCAGUAGUCUCUGCACUUCUAGACGUCUAUACAUAAUGAUAAGAAGACUCCAUAUACCUUAUAAUGCUAUAGCUCAGAAAGUUGGUAGACAUCUGAGAGAAGAGAAUCCUGGGAAGGUUGCAUUACAUAGAGCAAUGAAAAAUAAAUCUAAAGCCAAGGUACAGACAAGGAAAAAAGACAAAAGGAAGACAACAUUGCCAGAGGAAGAUGAACUUUCCGAUCUCGCAAGCAAGAAAGCCAGCUUAUCAGCCGUGGAAAAGAAAAAGAAAAUUAUAUCAAAGUCAAAGAAGAAAAAAAUAUCAAAACUAGUCAGUGAGAACGUGAACUUAUCGAAAAAAUCAUCUGAUCGGAAAUCGGAAAGUCAAAAACUUGCUGAAUUGUUUGGUGCUAAGGUGACUUUGUCCAGUCCACAGCAUGGGAUUCAGAAUGCAGAGGAGAUGGAUGUAACCAUGAAGGAUCAAGCAAAUAAAACUUCUGGAAGUCAGACGCCAUCACACCAUAUCCCAGAAGACAGACAAAAGACGCCAUCACACAAUAUCCCAAAAGACAGAAAAAAAGACAGGAAAUUAAAAAGGAAGGAAAAUAAAGAAAAUGGCAGUCGUAACAAUGAAGUCACCUCAAUAUCCAGGAGCUCUAAGAAAGCCCAGAGAAAAUCACAGGAAGUGAUGGCCGAUGUAAACAAGGAACAGGAAGUACAACCCAGUGCCAUGGCUGGAUUCAGUCCUCCUCCCGGAAUCGUCCACGAGUCGCUGAUGAAGGAGAAAAAGAAGACGAAAAAGGAGAAAUCUGAUCAUAAUGAAGAUGAGGAGGAGGAGGAAAAACCGAAGAGAGAGAAAGCAAGACGGGACAAAAGUAAAGACUUCAGGACGAUAUUUGUUGGUAACUUACCAAUCACCACAGACAAGAAGGGUCUUCACAAGUUGUUUAAGACGUUUGGCUCAAUUGAGAGUGUGAGACUUCGAUGUGCACCCAGAUCAAAUACAAAGCUACCCAAAAGAGCUGCUGUGAUUUUGAAGGACUUCCAUCCGGAGAGAGACAACAUCUGUGGUUAUGUCUGCUUCAUGGAGGAGGACAGUGCUAGGAAGGCCCUGAAAAUGAAUGGAAAAUUGGUUGAAAACUUUCAUCUAAGGGUUGAUAUGUCAAAUCACAAUCCUAAGACUGACUUUAAGCGCUCCGUUUUCGUUGGAAAUCUCCCAUUAGAUAUCAAGGAAGAAGACAUCCGAAACCAUUUCCUUAGCUGUGGAAAAAUAAAAAAUGUUCGAGUCAUUCGAGAUAAUAAGUCAGGAGUGGGCAAGGGGAUAUGUUAUGUAACUUAUAAGUCUAAAGAUUCAGUGGCACUGGCAAUGAAACUAAAAGGCACCGAGUUGUGUGGUCGGAAGGUGAGACUGGAAUAUUUUACCAUGUUCAAGAAAAACAAGAAAAGGCCUGAAAUUUCUAAACCUUUGAACUUUGAGCACCGUGUCCAUACAGGGUUUGACUCUGAACAUGGGAAAUACGUGGGGCUUCCGCCGCAGUGGAUGGGCAUCAUCAUUCCUGAUCAAGAGCAGGAACAACGCAGAAAACCCAUGGUGGACCCCUCCACUAUCACAGACAUGGACAUUCAACCCCUCAAGACAAUAAUCAGAGGAAAUUCUGCCCAGUUAAAUGGAUAUCAUGGUGGAAUUUCUGUAGCUAGAUCCAACUCGCUACGACAGGGUAGUCCUUUACAACAGAGAAAGCGAUAUGUACCCGAUUCCAUGUACCCUGUUCCUGAGAAUCAGCAUGACAGGUCCCCAAACCAAGACAGGAUCCCGCCAGGAUAUCCCACAAAUGGACGAGGGGAUCCAAACUUUGACCAGUACCCUGGUGAUUAUCGACAGGACCCUAGAUACCCCAAUAACAGGAGGGAUAACCGAGAUCCCAGGGACCCUAGAGGACAUCGAGACCCUCGGGAUUAUCAGCGAGAUCCCAGAGACUAUCAGCGGGAUUAUCAUAACCGGGGUCCCCCACCCCAAGGAUACAGGGAUGGUCACAUGAUGGAUCAUGAGCGUCGUCCAGAGGACUACAGGGGUCACAAUGAUUCGUUUGACAGAAGAGGAAAUGAUUCGUUUGACAGAAGAGGAAAUGAUUCAUUUGACAGAAGAGGACCAAAUGACAGUUUUGACCGUCGCGGUCACAAUGACUCCUUUGACAGAAGGCAGCCCAAUGACACUCUGGACCGACGAGGUCCUAAUGAUUCUUUUGAUCCUGAUCGAUCACGUGAUCCGGAAAUGUCAUACCCACCUGCCAAAUAUAACCACAUGCCUCCUGGGAUGCCUCAUGGGGGGAGGAGUCCUCCCAGGCACCCUGAAGACUUCAGACAUAAUCAAAUCAAUAAUGGAGCAGGUCCUAACCGCCAUCCAGGAAUGCAAGGCUUAAACAAGCAAUCAAUGCCUCAUCAUGAUGGAGCACCUCAUCCACAACAGGGCUAUCAACAAGGACCUCCAAAAAUGGGACCUCCUCAGCAAUCCCCCACCAAGCCUCCUCCCAAUGCGGCUGUACCUGAACAACAGAGACUGUCACAUGAACAGUUCCGAGCAGCAUUACAAAUGGUUGUCAGUCCAGGGGACCCAAGAGAGGACCUAGACAAUUUCAGCAAGAUAGGAGAAGGGUCCACUGGUAUUGUGUGUAUUGCUACACAGGGCAGCACCGGUGCUCAGGUUGCUGUGAAGAAGAUGGACCUACGAAAACAGCAAAGAAGAGAACUGCUUUUUAAUGAAGUUGUAAUAAUGAGGGAUUAUCAUCACCAGAAUAUUGUGGAUAUGUAUGACAGCUUCCUGGUGGGUGAUGAAUUAUGGGUAGUAAUGGAGUUCCUGGAAGGUGGCGCCCUCACAGACAUUGUAGUGAACCAGACGAACACCAAGAUGGACGAGAACCAGAUUGCUACUGUGUGUAAAGCUUGUUUGAAAGCCCUGUCCUUCCUUCACUCUAAUGGAGUCAUUCAUCGUGACAUCAAAUCUGAUUCCAUAUUACUGUCUCAGGAAGGAAAGGUGAAGUUGUCUGACUUUGGAUUCUGUGCACAAGUUACUCAAGAACUGCCGAAAAGAAAAUCUCUGGUGGGCACUCCAUACUGGAUGGCUCCAGAGGUCAUUUCAAGGUUACCUUAUGGACCAGAGGUUGACAUUUGGUCUCUGGGUAUAAUGGUUAUAGAGAUGAUUGAUGGGGAGCCUCCCUUCUUCAAUGAACCGCCACUACAAGCAAUGCGAAGAAUCCGGGACAUGCCACCACCAAAACUCAAGAACGUACACAGAGUGUCGCCGAGGUUACAAGGUUUCCUGGAGAGGAUGUUGGUGCGUGAUCCCUCUCAGCGAGCCAAUGCAUUUGAGUUACUACAGCACCCGUUCCUGAGGGGUGCAGACAAACCUUCGUGUCUGAUCCCACUGAUGAGGAGUUUUAGACAUAGUCCUUGCGUCGGGCUCGGGAAUAUUUUUGUGAUGAAGCUGAAAGAAAACACUCCCUUUACAAUAACAGAAUUAUGGUCAACCAAAAUAAGUUACAGAUUUAAUUGCUUGUGUAUAGGCACUCUUUUCAGAGAAACGGGAUUAAAUCUUGCAGUUGGUGGAGAGGAUGGAGUGAUCCGAAUAUACGACCUAACAAGUAAUGGAGGGUACAAAUCCCCACAGCUUUCUCUGGAGACAAAGAGUGGACCAGUUCAAGCAAUGAAGAUAGAAGACAUCACAAAAUUCUACCACAAUGAUUUGGUGGCUGUUGAUUCUUGUGGUAUGAUGACAGUAUUUUGUAAUCGGCAGAUUCUCUGUAGACAAAGCAUCACGGACAGCUGCCUUAACUGUCUACAGAUCCAAAACGAUAAAACAGGCAAUCUAGCCAUUGUUCUCAGCAGUGACUCGGGUGUUGUUUGUGGAGUUCUUCCAUCCAAUGUAUUGUGGCGCAUCAAUCUUAAUGAACUGAAAUUAAAUCAGGUUUGUAGUUCAACAUUAUCAGUCAAGUGUCAGCUGACUGUUAACCUAACUAACGAACACAACCAGAAAUCUAGCUAUGUCCUUGUGUCAGACAGUGAUUGUCAGUUGUAUGUCAUCCACCAGGGGACUGUUGUCAUGGUGAUUAAGACUCCCAGCAUCAUCACAGCUAUGUGUAGUGGGAAUUUUGUGAAAGCUGAGAAGCUGCCAGUGAGUUUGUCCACCACACCUGGGUCAAGGUCAGGGGAACAAGUCGCUUUGGGGUCAGAGACUGGGGCUCUCUUUAUUUUCCACAACUUUUCUAUCACAGAAUUUGCCAAUGCAAAGUACCCCAUCACCAGUUUGAGUAAGCUCCCCUUUCCUGAUCUGGAGCAGGAUCUCCUCCUGUGUGCUGGAUAUUUCAAUGAGCUGCAGGUUUACUCGGAUGGCAAUCUUCUGGAUAAAUUUAUCACUUCUGACUGGAUCAGUAGUAUCGACACCGAGGACAUUGAUGGGGACGGUGUACAGGAAGUGGUCAUUGGCUGCCUGGAUAACAUGUUAUAUUCUAUCAAGUUUUCACCUCCGUAACAAUCCAUUUUGUAAUAAAAACAUUUAUAAAGCUUUA